AUGUUAUUUAGCUAUUCUUCAUCGUUUAUCGUACAACAAGUUUGCUGUACAUUUUCAUCGUUAUCAGUUGCAUACAUGCAAUGGCAUUUUCGCAAUGCAUGCAACACGCAUAUUUUGCGUGCAGUUAUCAUCAUGAAUGUUUGUCAGUUUGUUCAAGAAAUAACGUAUGCAUACAGUACUUACUUGCUAAUUAUGCUUAUGGGACGAAAAAGUGAUAUACCAGCAAGCAAAUUUAAUUCAGUCGAUGAAACUGAAGUUGUGCAUUUAUUAUUUGCAUCAUUUGUAAUUCAUGGUAUACGGCUUAUUACCUGCGCAUAUCCUGUGAAUGUUUUUGGAAAAAAAGCAUUUUUGGCCGAAGUUUUAUGUCGUAUCCGAUUUAGAGCGGAUGCUCAACGUGGAAUUAGCAGUGUACAAGCUAAACAAGCUAAUAAUACUGAUAAAAACGAAACUAAAUUAUUGUUUUAUGGUGGCCUAAUCUUAUCAACUCUCUGUAUUGCUACGGAUGUCGCCUAUUACGUAUUCAGUAAUGCAAAACGAAUUGGCCAUACGGGAAUUGCAUUAAUUUAUACAAUUUGUUUAGCAUUUAUUUAUUAUCAUUAUCGAAAAGAACGACGAAUUAUGUUUUUGAAGCUUCAAGCUGUUGUAUCAAUUAUCAUCCUAAAUUCAUCCAUCCAUACAAUUUAUCUGUUUUGUGAAGCUAUGUUUACCGGCCGGCUGUACUUCACUAUGAAUAGGAGCGUUGAAAAUUUUUUAAUUAAUGUGAGCUUAACCGUUUUAUCUGCAAAAUCAAUCGUAUUCUGUUUUCGAACAAUAACAAAGCAUACGCCAUUACAUACCCAAUCUGUAACAAUAAUGGGCCCACUUCGUUCGCUUACUAAUUUAGCCUAUACGCUUAUUGCUAUUGUUAUUGUUGAAAUACUUUUCACAACAAUAAUGUACAAGCUCUAUUCAACAAAAAUCGACUUUCUUUCGGGUAAUGAAUCAUUCUUGUGGAUUAAUUCCAUUGCGACAUGUUUGCUACAAAUUUGGUUGAUAUCGGAUUGUUCGACGAUAUUGCUACUAAUUUUAGUACAAGCAGGGAUUGUUCAAACAAUUGUCGCGAUGAUGACGCGUCAUAGCAAAACUUUUCAGCACAGCAGUGCACGAAUAAUUUAUAUUGUGAUUGAUCACAUACUACAAAUUAUUCAAUGGGCAUUGAAUAUUUAUUCGCUUGGAUUAGCAUUAAUUGUAUUAGAUGGAGUGGAAACUAGCGAUGAUGAAUUUAGCGAAGGAAUAGAAACUCGAACAUUUGAGAAUGAAGUUUUUCUUGGUCAAGGCAUGCGUGAACAUUUCAUUGAUGAACUUUUAGAGGCACCAACUUACAGUGAACUUAUAAUCAGUGAAUGCAAUCCUGAAACUGAUCGUCCAAGUUGCAGUAUUUUUGAUAGAUCAGCUAAUAUCGAUUUUAUGUGGGGUGAAAAUAAUGUAUUCUUCGAUGAUGAAACCAAUCAAGGCGAUAGUAAUAUCAAUAACGACAGAGAUACUAUAAAUACAAAUGCUACAAUUGAAAAGACUUCGUCGAGUAACAAUGCAACGGAGAGCGAUGCUAUUGAGGGAAAUGUUGAUAGUGAUGAUAUUGAUGAUAGUGAUGAUGAUGAUGGUGAUGAUGAUGACGAUGAUGAUAAUGAUAACGAUAUGAAUGGUGAUGAUAAUGUUGAUUCACAAAGCAUUGCCGUCAAUGAUGAAGAUGAGAAUUUUAGCUAA